AUGGAACUCGCCGACGAGCUUUCCCGAAGGCUUUCAAGUGAGGCUCGCGUGGCUGCCUCAGGCACAGAAGAUUUUGCCUAUUCAGAUCUGCGAUAUACGCAGUAUGGGAGGCCAACAUAUAUGGCUGCUGUCGUGCCCGCCACCCAAGACGAUGUCGUGGCCGUAGUGCAGUUUUGUCGUGAGCGGAAGAUUGCCUUUGCCGCGCGCUCCGGCCACCAUUGCGUCACGACGUCGAUGAGACAUGUUCGUGAUGGGAUCCUGAUCGACAUGAGGUCGUUCUCGAAAUGCAGUCACGAUGUAGGUGGCGGGGUCAUCACGAACGACUUUGUGCGCUUCCUGCAGGACCACGAGCGCGAAGUCACGAUUGGAUCGUGUCCGACUACAGGUGUGAUUGGGGUCGCGUUUGGUGCUGGGCUGGGCAGACUGCAGGGCAAAUACGGCUACUUGCACGACAACCUGCUGUCCUGUCGCUUAGUCCUCGCCGAUGGCUCUGUCGUGGAUGUCACCGAUCACUCCCACCCACUCUUGUUCUGGGCGCUGCGAGGAGCCGGUCACAAUUUUGGCAUCUGCCUUCAGGCCACCUUCCGCGUAUACCCUGAGGCCAAUCGCGGCAGACAUUGCUCGUGGGACUUGGAGUAUCACCUCGACCAGUGCGAUGCUGUGUUUGCCACGAUCAAUGAGGUGCAUGCUGACAUGCCGGCCGACCUGGCCAUCUUCGUGCUGUGGCGACGAGAGCACCCUACUGUCGGCCUCAAGAACCUCAUUUUGGUUAAUCUGGUAUGGUCAGGUGCGGAAGACGAGGCUCAUGUGUGGAUCGAGCGUUUCGAGCGCCUCCAGCCUGCAGUGCGCGCAGGCCCACUGACAACGUCUUGGUAUGAUCUGCCGUGGGAAACGUAUGGGGGUAUGAACAAGAGGCUGUCGAAGCCGGAAGUGUGGAAGCUCUUGCCCUACAAGAUGAUGAGCGCUGCGAGCGUGCGCUCAUUUGACUUGCCCAUGAUCAAAGCAUUCUUCGAAAGUGUCAAGGAAAUGAACGAGAAGUGGGAGGGGAAAGGAUGGUUCGGCGCCAUGUUUGAAUGUUUACCCAACCAACAGACACGAGCACUUCCUAGCGAUGCCACAGCGUUUCCGUGGCGAGGAACGGAUCACUUUCUGAUGAUGACUGCAACACCGAAAUCCCUCGACGAUCGCGUCCCAUUCGAGGCCCAUCUAGACGCCUGGAAGGAAAACUUCGUCCAAGUUUCCGGCUAUGGUCAGCUUCGACAGUACGUCAAUUAUGGCAGCACGACAUCAACCGUACAAGAUCCGCCAGAAUCACUGUAUGGCUAUGAGCCAUGGAGGUUGCAGAGGCUACGCGCUUUGAAACAGCGAUACGACCCUGAUGGUGCAUUCAGUUGGUAUCAGCCGUUUGUCUGAGCCCCCCAUCACGCUUCACCGGCAAGUUGUGGCCCUUGUGGUAGACGCGGCUUGAAGUGGUGCUGUCUGGUUGUAUCCCAGAGAUGAGUACCUAUCUACCCUAGGUACCUUAGGUACAUAUGUACUUUCGGUAGUUCCAUUCCUGACUGCUCAGCAUGUGGACUCCCCAGCAGAACUACAGUACUUGCACUACUCAGGGCAUCCGAGGCAGGUAGGCCGUGUCUGUCGGUGAUUAUUUUUGCGCUCCACUGCGAUCAUCGACUAGGUCAAGGGACCCAGGAAGUGGUCUCUCCCAAAUACCCGAGAACGAGGCGGAACGGGGCCGAAAAUGGUCUCGGACGUCCAUCGUUUCGCUGUCACCUCGACUUCGACGACAUUCUACGAGUUGUACAGCUGUUCCCGUCCCGGACGAUGACCAGCGGAGAGCCUCGACUAUCCCGAUUGCCAGCAGCGGCGUCGUCGUCGUCGUCGUCUGCAUCGGUGUUCUCACGCGGCAACAUGACGCCGGACGGAGCGCGAGCCACGACCAUUCUCACGGUGAUAUGCCUGGCGGUAAGCACGACUCUCUAUGAAAUGCUCUGAUCGCAUCAGCUCUAGCCAAUGCUCAAGCGUCUCAGGCGACGUCUUUCUUCAUCGGACGCGCCCUGUACAGAAUCUACCUCCACCCACUUCGCGCAUUUCCGGGCCCGAAACUCUGGGCCAUCUCACGACUGCCAUGGCACGUCCACAACAUUCGCGGCGACUUGGCUCGUACCAUUCACGCGCUCCAUGAACAACACGGUCCUACCGUGCGCAUUGCGCCCGAUGAGCUGUCGUAUACGUCGUCACAGGCAUGGAAAAAGAUUUAUGGUCAGACGCACCCCGAGUUCUCCAAGUGUCUGGAUGGGCGCGGCAUUGCUCCUGUGACCAAGGAAGCGCAUUUGCGUGGCAUCAUUGCUGCGGAAACGCUCAAACACCGUCGCCUCAGACGAGCGAUCGCGCCAGCUUUUUCGGAACGUGCACUAAGCCAGCAAGAGCAUUGCUUACAGAAGCACAGCGACAGCUUGAUGCGAUGCUUGCGCGAACGAUGCAACCGGGGGGAGCCUCUGGACAUUGGGAGAUGGUUUUCGCUCACUACAUACGACAUUAUCACAGAGCUGACCUUUGGUCACGCGGAUGGCUGCCUCAACGAUCCGGACAAGCCUUGGCUCACAGUCAUGGGCGCAAGAGCAAAGACUAUUCGGUGGUUCCAAUUUGCAAUUUACUAUGGCUUUGAUGGCUUGAUCGCACGUGUGGGGCCCUCGGUCAUGACUCGUUCGAGACAAGCUCAUAUGAAGAUGCUUGGCAGCAAGGUGCAGCGUCGUCUGAAGGAGAAAGACAUGGGAAUGGACUUCAUGUCACAUAUUUUGGAUAACAGAUCAGAGCCACUCUCGGUGUCUGAGCUCGUCAUCAUGGCGAGCGCGUUCGUCGUCGCAGGGUCUGGAACAUCGGCAAGAGCACUCUCUGCGACCACUUAUUUCUUGUGCUGUCACCCAGACAAGCUUGCCCUUGCCGUCGACGAGGUACGAGCCGCCUUCCUGGACGAAAGCAGUAUCACAAUCAAAUCUGCUGCAACGCUCGAGUACCUCUUUGCUUGCAUCCAGGAAGCAAUGCGGAUGCAUCCGCCGAACCCGUCCACGUUACCACGGUGGGUGCCAGCAGACGGCGAGGUCAUUGAGGGCGCAUGGGUACCUGGCGGCACAGCAGUCGGCGUGCAUCAACUAUCAGCGGGACUUGCGGACUGGAACUUCGCCAGGGCCAGAACAUUUUUGCCUGAGCGAUGGCUGGAGCUGCCACAGAAAUCGGAGUUUGAGCGAGAUGAUCGAGCCUCUGCCCAGCCCUUCUCCUAUGGUCCCAGGGGAUGUGUUGGCACCAAUCUUGCACAUGCAGAGAUGCGCCUGCUCAUGGCCCGACUUCUCUACACCUUCGAUGUGGAGAUUACAGCCCAGGCGCAAGAAUGGACAGCAAGUCAGAAGAGCUAUCUCACAUGGGAACAGACACCGUUGAUGGUGAAGCUGACAGUAAGGUCUUGAAUCGGGGCUGGGUUCGAUCCCGCUCCUCGUCCACUUUGUCACCUACUGUAUUUGUCCCAUCCAUCACACGACGUCUUCCCGGCCGUGGAGAAUGCUCCGGUCGUACUAGUUGCCAUUCGAUCAGCGAAGCAUCAUUAUAAUCCGCGUCCGAAAUGCUCAACCCUUAGUAAUGUUGGUUGUGAAUCAAAUUGUG